GAUUACAGUCGUUUUUGUUAGUAUAUACUGUUAGAGUACUUGUUUGUUGAGAUUUUGUGUGUUUUGGGAGAUUGUAUGGCUGUGUGGUGAAGUAAUUGAGACAAUUCAGUGAAACUGAAGUUAUCUGUGAAGUAUGAUGAAGGACAUGGUAGUUUAUGAAGAUAUAGACACAGAAUUUGAUAAGGCUGUGUUAGGACUCAGGCAACAGCUUAAAGAUGAUGAGGAAGCUUUAGAACAAAAAAUUGUAAAGCUGGAGUCUAGUAUUGCAGUGGCAAAGCAACUGAUGGAGAGAUUCCUGAAAACAAAAGCUAACAAAGCUAAGAGUCAAGCAGCACUGAGUAACACAAGAAAGGUGCAAGGUUUACAACAUCUUAAGCUCACUUUUCCUAAGUUCAGUGAAGGUGAUGAUGUGGAAGACUGGUUACAGGACUGUAAUCAGUACUUUGAGGUAUUUGGAGUCAUUGAGAGGAAGAAGGUGACAGUUGCUGGGAUGCAUUUGGAAGGAACUGCCAGGAGUUGGUACCACAUCUACUCCCUUCAUAAUUCGAUUUGUGAGUGGAAAAACUUUGCUGAACAGUUUACUCAGAGAUUUGGGAAAGGCAAGCAAGAAUGGCUGGUGGAAAGGUUUAAACAACUAAAACAGACUAAGUCAAUGGAACAAUACUACAUUGAAUUUGAGGGACUGGUGGGGCAACUAAAAGAAAAGAUACCCUCUCUGACAGAGGAGUAUUUCUUAGAAAGUUUCAUUGGGGGAAUGCAGGCUGAAGUGCAGCAAGUCCUCAGGAUAUUGACUCCUAAAUCUAGAGAAGAAGCUUAUAAAAAAGCUAAGAGUUUAGAACAAAAUAGAAAGGGAAACAAAGGGGAUUCUAACCAACUUAAGCCAGCAGCCAAGGAGAAACAGGCUGUAAAUCAAGGAAUUGUGUUACAAAUAGAAGCAAGGGCCACAGAGGAGCUUGAAUCAACUGCAUGCAAGGACACAUCAAUCAGUAAAGGAAAUGUCAUAGUCACAGAAGGGCCAACAACUAAUGAAGAUUGUCUGAAUCAGGAGCAGCAGAUAGAAGUGUCUGUACAUGCCAUUGAGGGUCUUAAAGGGAGUCAAACUAUUACUUUGACAGGAUACAAGAACAAGAAGCAGUUUUCUAUUCUGAUAGAUGGGGGAAGCACCCACAGUUUCUUAGAUGAGAAGACAGCUUCACAACUAAAAUGUGAGCUGGUUAAAACUAAACCUAUGAGAGUCAUGGUUGCAAAUGGAAAUCAGCUGGUUAGUCAUUAUGAAUGUCAAGGAUUCUCUUGGAACAUUGGUAAAUAUAAGUUUCAGACUCCUGUGAAAACUUUACCAAUGGGAAGCUAUGAUCUGGUGUUGGGGGUAGAUUGGCUGGGUUCUUUAGGUCCUGUAACAUUUGACUUUAAGAAACUAGAAAUGAAAUUCCAAAAGGGAGAAGAGUUGAUUGUAUUACAAGGAAAUCACAAUGCUGGUAAACCCAGGCUACACCAAAUGACUGCUGAUCAGUUUGUGAGAAGUUGUGAGAGGCAAGAGCAUGGACUUCUGUUCAUUCUGGAUGUAGUUCAACAACCAGAAGGAUCCUUACUUUCUCAUCAGAGGGAUGAUGGCACUGAAUCAGAAAGAAACAAAGAACAGCUUCAAGGUUUGUUGGAUGAGUAUGAGGAUAUCUUUAAGGCUCCUGCAGGGUUGCCUCCUGAGAGGAAAAUAGAGCAUUCAAUUGACUUAAAAGAGGGCUCACAGCCUUUCUCUAUGAGGCCCUAUAGGAACUCUUAUAACCAGAAGAAUGAAAUUGAAAUUCUAGUUGCAGAAAUGCUGGAAUCUGGGAUAAUUAGGCCUAGCAGCUCACCAUUUGCAUCUCCUAUUUUACUGGUGAAGAAGAAGGAUGGGAGCUGGAGGUUUUGCAUCGACUACAGGAAGCUAAAUUCAAUGACUAUAAAGAAUAAGUUUCCAAUUCCUCUAAUUGAAGAACUGUUAGAUGAGCUUCAUGGGGCUAAGUACUUCACUAAGCUAGAUCUAAGAGCUGGCUACCACCAAGUCAGGAUGAAAGAAAGGGAUGUAGAAAAAACAGCUUUUAGAACUCAUUUGGGGCACUAUGAAUUUACUGUCAUGCCAUUUGGCCUCACCAAUGCCCCUGCUACUUUUCAGAGUUUGAUGAAUGAAGUCUUCAGGCCCUAUUUGAGGAGUUUCACUCUGGUUUUUUUUUAUGACAUUUUGGUCUACUCUAAGACCAGGGAAGAUCAUCUGGUACACUUAAGGAAGGUCUUUCAGCUAAUGAGGCAACACACUUUAUUUGCUAAGCUUUCUAAAUGUGAAUUUAUGACUGCUCAAGUUGCUUACUUAGGACAUGUCAUAUCACAACAAGGGGUAGCUGUAGACCAAGCUAAAGUUGCUGACAUGGCUUCCUGGCCUAUACCUCAGAAUAUAAAGGCACUAAGGGGGUUUCUGGGCUUAACUGGAUAUUAUAGGAAAUUUGUGAAGGAUUAUGGUACUAUAGCCAGGCCUCUGACAGACUUACUGCAGAAAGACAAUUUCCACUGGAAUAAAGAAGCUACUGAGGCUUUCAGGGCUCUUAAGGAGGCUAUGGCUAGUACUCCAGUACUGAGGCUGCCAGACUUUAGUAAGGAGUUUACUAUUGAGUCUGAUGCUUGUAACUCUGGUAUUGGUGCUGUGUUGACUCAAGAAGGACAGCCUCUGGCUUAUUUCAGCAAGGCAUUGGGUGCAAGGGGACAAGCAAUGUCUACCUAUGAAAAAGAACUAAUGGCAGUAGUAGCAGCUGUGAAGAAGUGGUCUGCCUAUCUCAUGGACAAGCAUUUUACUAUCAAGACUGAUCAUUGGUCCUUGAAGUAUUUGACUGAGCAAAAGAUCAGUAAUUUGCUGCAGCAAAAGUGGAUUAGCAAGUUAUUAGGCUAUGACUACACAAUUGUGUAUAAAAAAGGCAAAGACAACACUGUGGCUGAUGCUUUGUCCAGGAAAUUUGAAGAUUCUGCAAAUGGAAGUGCUGGCAACCAUGAGGACAUGGCUGAAUUUAAGGGGGAAGGAAUGUCAGGAUCAGAAUGUCAGGAUCAGAGCAAUACUAGUAAUAGCAAGUAGGAUAGGGGUAACUAAGUAAAUUUCCAUUCUGUUAUGACAGCUGUGUUAGCAAGAGUCUAUAAAUAGUCAAGGUGUGCUGUGAAUUGCUAUUAUGCCUAAUAUGAAAUACAACUUCUUCUCCAAGUUUCUC